AUGAAGGCCGUCCUGGAGUCCAGAAGCAGGGUCAAGAACCAGCGCGACGCAUUCGAAGAGUGGCGGCGCAACAACGCCCAGGAGGCCGCCAACGAGGCGUUCAACGCGUCGGCAGGGCGCCUACGAAAGCUGUACGCGAUCGAGAAGCUCGCAGGGAACUGCCUGCAGAAGAUCACGUUCGAGCAGGUCGAGCGGUCGCAGACCACAGAGGACGGGUUCCAGAAGAUCCGCGAGGUGACAGGCCUGACCGACGUCAUGGACAUAGUGCACAAGUUCCUGAGCAGAGAGGAGGAGCACGAGCAGCUGAAGAGCUCCGUGAAGGAGGCCGAGACAAAGCGCGACAUGCUGCACGAGCAGUUCAAGCGCUUCAAGCGGGACACCAACGGCAUGACCGACCCGGAGCAGAGGGGGGAGGAGCGCGCCCUGUACCGGGAGGUCGAGGACAGCGAGAACAUGCUGAACCAGUCGCUCAAUGAGCACGAGCAGAGCCGCGUGAAGCUGCAGCAGAGCACCCUGCAGGUGGAGCACAUGAAGAGGUGGGCGAACCGCGUGGGCGGGACCCUCAUCAUGUUCGAAGACUGCGUGAAGGUGGAGAAGCCUGCCGACCUUCAGAUGUUCUACCACCAGCUGGCCAGAGGCGUGGACAAGUUCAUAGCGCACAUCGUGCAACUCAUCUCGUCUGGAAGGGUCCAGCGCAAGAACAUGUCGCAGGCCGCCAGCAAG